CAGAAGCUUCCUGCUGUCAGUUCCCAUUGACUGUCGAAGUCUAUGUUGGUUCGCCUAGUAUAUAAGCUGAGUGCGUAUCCUCUUAUAUAUGAUUACUGAAGAGUGCUGUUACCGAGCAGUCUUCGCUUUCAAAUGUUAAGCUCUGGAAAGUAACAGGUGGAUGCAAGAAUGGAGUAUCAAUCUCGUUUCACUUCGCGCAGUUCCACUGCCACACAUGGAUCCUCACCCUUCUUGCCUGGAGUGGAAUAUCCAUCUUUGCCACCGGACUUAAUCAGCGGAUUGAACCACUACAUGGAUCCUCAUGGACACAGCCUGGCCACAAGCAUACCGGCAAGCAGCUCAACACCGAGCCUUGAGGGUACACCCACAGUGUCACGAGCUCCUUCAGUUACACCAACAACCCGCGAUACGAGUGAACCUAAAGCUGUGAGGCGCCGAGCUCAAAAUCGAGAAGCUCAGCGCAGAUUCCGCGAGCGCAAAGAGCAACAGAAGAAGCUUCUGCAGAAUGACGCUGAAGAGCUUCAUAAGGACUACCAGACACUACUGAAGCAAUACUCUGACACGGCUGGCGACCUCACGCGGCUCGUCAAGGAGAAUGAGACGCUUCGAGUUGAAGUGAGGGAAUUGCGCCAGCAGUGGCGCUUGUUGCUGGCAGUCCUUCAACUGUUACAAGGGUCGCAAUUACCCGGAAGCCCGCCUGAGAGUGCACUCUCUUUCGACGGCCUCCGGGUCUACGUUGAAAACUUAGCUGGUGGACUUUGUCCAAGUACGACGCGAUAUCUUAGCUGA